AUGAAGAAGUUUCUGGGCAACAUUAAGAAGAAGAGUGGUAGCCCCGAGCGAAAUGGGAGCAGCACCACCUAUGUACUGCCACAGGGCGAUUCACCUGAAGCUGUCGUGGUUCGCGAAGUCACAGCAUUCUGCGAAUCAGGCGCCCCUAAUUCUGAUACCGCCGGCGAAGAAUACCUCCACCUGCCAGCCAUAGUUGAUGCCGCCGAAUCGAGUCCUACUGCGGCCAAAGAGGCGGCUGCGACCAUUCGCCGAUACCUGGGUAAAGAACACUACCGGCGAGGGUUUGCGCAGUACAACGCCGUCAUGCUCACUCGCAUUCUGACCGACAACCCGGCGCAUGCCUUUACCCAGAACUUCGAUCACAAAUUCGUCGCGACCGUGAAAGAGCUCCUGCGGGAAGGAAAAGAUACCAGUGUACAGCAGAUCCUCAGGGAGACGUUGGACUACUUGGAGUUCGAGAAAGCGCCCGGAAAUGACAGCCUCGGACCUCUGAUGGAGAUGUGGAAGAAGGAGAAGGGAAAGCGAAAUGCCCUCCGCCCUCCGGUAAGCCGCGAUGUUUCCAAGCAGACCCAAAUACCUGGUGCUUUCUCUGGCCACUACCACCACCAACAAUCCAGACGCCGGGACACACUUCCACCACCCGAUGAGCUGGCCGGACGGAUCGAAGAAGCAAAGACUAUAGCACGACUUCUCGUCCAGACAGUCCAGUCAACCGGCCAGGCAGAGCUAUUGGCGAAUGAUCUCGUUAAAGAGUUUGCGGACCGCGCGAAAACGAUGCAGCGAAGCAUUCAGUCAUACCUGAAUGCCCAAAAUCCCGCGCCCGACCCUGACACGAUGCUGACCCUGAUCGAAACGAAUGAUCAAUUGAACAUCGCCAUGUCAAAACAUCAGAGAGCGGUUCUGCAAGCUCGGAAAGCGACUGGCAUGGCGACGCCUAGCCCUCAACCGCAACCAGAGCCUCAACAGAACCCCUUGGUCACGCAGCACGUCCCAGGCCAGAAUGUGUACGCGCCACCAUCUCAGCCUCAAUCAGUGCCGAUCGACCACGGACCGUACUCUUCCUCGCCCCCUCGCCGGCAAAAUACGAUCCCCACACCCGUGAGUCCACUGCGGAAGGAGGAGGAAGAGCUUUAUGCGCCGCCUCCAGGCCCUCCUCCGAGCAAAAUGGGACCGCCGCAAAAUCCACCACCGCCAACGAACCCCAACCUGUAUGACUUCUCCAACGCCGCCGUGUUUUCCUCUGCCUAUGCCGCUCCCGACCCACCUCCUCCCGUCCCGACCCGGGUUCGUCCCCAGUCACAUGCCUACUCAUCCAGUGCCGACUACGGUGUGGCUGAGAAUCCGUUUGCAGAUGAUGGAUAUGGAGCGCCGCAGCCACAACCGAGAUCGAAUGCGUUGUUUGACAGACAGGAAAGCACACCCUCGCCUCACCCUCCGCAGCAAUAUUCCGCGAAUCCAUACCCGCAGGAAUUGCCGAGCGACCAACAGCGGCCUGGACCUUACAAUGCAGGAUAUCAACCAACGCCGAGCUACCUGCACCGACAAGAAUUGUCGGCAGAUCAUGGCACGAUGCACGGAGGAAGUCCAGCGUCUUCUGCGCCGGCACCGAAUGGGAGGUCAUCAUAUCCGCCGAGCAGUGGCUACGGGCGCAACCCUGCGAGCCCGGUUGACGAGACGCAGGGCGUGGGCAGGAGAAUGAAUGAUUUACACAUCUGA